GAGCUUUGGACCAUGGAGCUGAAGGUGUGGGUGGACGGAGUUCAGCGAGUGGUCUGCGGGGUCAAUGAGAAGACUACGUGCCAAGAGGUGGUCAUAGCCCUGGCUCAGGCCAUGGGUCGUACUGGACGCUACACCCUGAGGGAAAAGUGGAAGGACGUUGAACGACAUUUCACGCCAGAUGAGAAACUCUUGCCAUCCCUCAGUAAAUGGGGCCAGCAAGCUAAGGAUGUUCAGCUGAUUCUAAACCGCACCGGGCCCUCCCUUGGUCUGCAGCCUGUUUCAGGCAAGCCCCGAGGACCAGAGAGGAACAUACACAGGCAGAGCCUCCCCUCGCUAGCAAAGCUGCGGAAUACAAAUGACAAAAAUAGUCACUUGAAAGAGGUCAAAAGGAAGUCCCUAAAUUUUGCUGAAGGAGCUCGAGAGUGGCUGGAAUCCUUUGGGAAAAGCAAAGAAGGAAAAGUCAAGCCUGAGAAAAAGGCCUCAAAUUCUGAUCAACAUCCAGGAGAGGAGCUGAAUCAGCUGCUCCACCUUCAGCAGGAGAAGUUAAAGAGUCUUCAAGCUGAGCUGGAGUUGACUGAAAUGGAGAUUGAAAAGCUGCAGGAAGAUGAUCAGUCAAAGGUCAGUGAGGAGAUUAACACACUCCAGGAGCUGAUUGAUAAGAGGAGUGCAGAGGCGGAGGAAGUGGAGUUCUGGGAGAAUGAACUGAAAGCUGAGCAGCUCCAUGGGGGAGAGCUCAGGGCACAGCUGCAAGAGAUGAGGGAGAAACUGGAGGAGUGCGAGGAGAAACUGAGGGACUGUAUACUGAAAACCCAGAUCCUGGAGGCCGACACUGAAAUGGUCAGGUCCCAGAGGGAAUGGCAAGAGGCCAAAUCCUGUCACGACAUCAGAAUCAAGGUAGAGGAACUGAAAGAGGAGAUAAGUGUUAAAUCUCAGGAAGCUGUGCAACUGAAGGAGGAUGUAAGGCUGGUGGAGAAGGCCAUUGAGAGGGUGGAAAAUGAAAUUCAGAGGAAACGCUGUGAGCUGGAAGAUCUGACCAGAGAGCUACGACAGGCAAACCUCCUGCAGUUCAUUCAACAGACAGGGACCAAGGUCAGCAUCCUUCCAGCACAGGAGGGACCUGCUGAGGUUAUGGGCAGGUGUCUGAAGGUGGCUCUCAAGAGGCUGCCCAUGCCCAUUGAAAGGUCAGGCUAA